ACGCCUGAUAUGGCCCAAGAAGAGAUGAAGGUCGACGAGGGCUAUUCAGGAGGCUCCGAGGAGACGAGGAGUCUGUCUGACAGCGAUUCUACUAUGCACAUCGAUCCCGUCGACGGUCAUGUUUCAAAGUCAUCCACACCCACGCCCGAGUCGAUGCUUUCGGGCGUACUGAGCCUGCCUCCGGCCCAGAGAUCUGCCUUCAUAACCUCUCUGUUGCGAUUAAUACCAGAGUCGGAGCGAUAUGCCCUUCGCUCGCUGCGCACUUCGUCCAUCGCGUCAAUAGUAGAUCGCCUCAACCCACUCCUUCAUCUCGACCCGGUAGUCUUCCUGCCACCCGAAAUUACGUCCCAAAUCUUCCUUCACCUCUCGCCCUCCGAUCUCCUUCGAUGCUCAACCGCUUCCCGGCUCUGGCGUGAACGUGUCUUGGAUAGCACUCUAUGGAGGACCUUUNUUGUCCGCGAAGGAUGGAUGCCAGAUAUUGCAGAAGUGAGAAGUGGUGAAGCUACAGAAGCCAGACGUCGUUUGAAUCUCUCACGCAACACCACCCAGAAGCCUCCUAGAAGGGNNAAGCCCGAUGGCGAACUCGAGCGAAGUGGUAGUAUANAAAGAGCAAAGGAAUCUGUCGAUGGUUGGAACGAACAACACAGCACCUUGGAGGCUGAUGAGGACGCUGUCCUGCAGGAAUCAGAAGAUGGUGCCGCUUCUCUGUCUGCCAUGAGCCUUGCUUCGGAAGCAGACUACCUUGACAUUGCUCCAGGAACCGACCCGUCCUCGAGUUCGCUUCCCCAACUAUCUAAGUCGCUCUACCACACAUACAAUGCCUCACCGCGUGUCAACUGGCUAUACUUGUACAAACAGCGACGUCGAUUAGAGGACAAUUGGAACAAAGGACGCUAUACGACAUUCCAGCUACCACAUCCAGAUCAUCCCGAGGAAGCCCAUGAUGAGUGUGUCUACACAAUACAGCACUCGCGGGACUGGCUAGUCAGUGGAAGUCGUGACAAGACGAUCGCAAUCUGGGAUCUGGAGACUCAAAGACGUGUGAGGACACUUUCUGGGGCUCAUAUUGCUUCUGUGCUAUGCUUGCAAUUUGAUGAGCGCCCAGAGCAAGACAUCGUCGUCUCAGGCGGAAGUGACNUCUUUGUAGUCAUCUGGCGCUUCUCGACUGGUCAGAUCAUUCGCAAGAUGGACGACGCACAUACAGAAUCCGUGCUCAAUCUACGUUUCGAUGACGACCUGCUCAUAACGUGCUCCAAAGAUAAGACUAUCAAAAUCUGGAAUCGCAGAGAAGUCUUUNUGAACAGCGAUAUUAUUCCGGCAGUCGCGAAACGCCAGCUCGAAAUCGGCCACCCUAUAAAUCCCAUCAAGGAGUAUUCGCUGUUACUUACUCUUCUAGGCCAUGGCGCAGCAGUGAAUGCAAUCCAAAUGCAUCAAGGUCAGAUUGUUUCUGCAUCAGGAGAUCGAACCAUCAAAGCAUGGGACAUCAACACCGGUACAUGCACAAGGACUUUUACAGGCCAUACGAAAGGUAUUGCCUGUGUGCAGUACGAUGGGCGCCGUAUUGUAAGUGGCAGCAGCGACAACACUGUCCGCAUCUUUGACGCAGCUACGUCUGCAGAGGUUGCUUGUCUUCCUGGCCACAGCAAUUUGGUUCGUACUGUACAAGCCCGCUUUGGUGAUAUGAGUGUGUCGUCUGAACAGCUCGAGGCCGAUGCACGCGCUGUCGAUGAAAGAUUCCAUGAUGCUCGCAUGAAUGGCUUGAAUCCUGACCAGAACAGAGCUCGCGGUCAGCGCAAUGCUGGCUCGAGCAAUCCUAAUGAAGUAUGUGCGGUCGGCGCGAAGAUUCCACCAGGUGGAGGUGGCAACGCCUGGAGCCGCAUUGUGUCAGGCUCUUAUGAUGAGACAGUCAUCAUCUGGAAANAGGACUCUGAUGGUAAGUGGGUCCCAAGCAGGAGGCUGCGGCAAGACGAGAUUCUUCAGGGCAGACGAAGACCUCGCAUUCAGCCCGCAGCAGCGCCUCAGCAGGUAACGCCACAACCACCACAACAUAGUCCAGACCAACAGGACACAGCUGCGCAAUCAACAAUGGCGGCUCCUCCCCCAGGCAUAGACCCAGAGGUAUGGUUUGCACCCGCUGUGUCCGCUUCUGCUCCCCAAAUCCAGCAACAGGUGCAACAACAGACACAAAAUCACGCCGGCCCGGCUGGUCCACCUGCUAAUCAUCACCACCAUCACGGCCACCAUGGAGCUGCUGGACACCAUGGCCGUCAUCGUAUCAGAGAAGACAGCAACCGUGUCUUCAAGCUCCAAUUCGACAGCCGGCGCAUAGUUUGUUGUUCGCAGAACAGAGUCAUCGUAGGAUGGGACUUUGCUGCUGGUGAUUCCGACCUUGAACAGGCGAGCCGCUUCUUUGGCGAAACCGACUAG